AUGCUCCACUGUUCAGCUGCGCGUGCAGAAACAGUUGUGAGUGACAGACCAACAGGCUUUUGCCCAAACGGCUGCACAAGUUUACCGACCGGGUGGAGGAGUAGACGCCAUGGUGGGAGGGAAGUGCAAGUCUCAGCAGGUGAGGGUGUGAACCCUCCGGCUGAAGGCAGCACGGAUCCAGGCGGUCAGAGGAGAGGAAGAAUGGCCCGAAAUGUAAACUUUGACCUGAGCCACCCCCUCAUGGAAGCUGGACUGGAGAGCCCAGCAGAUGAGGAGGGGGUUCACGUCUCGUUCAACGAGCUGAUCGCAGAGCAGAGUGAGAACGAAGGUCUUUCUGACGCCUUCGAGCUGCAGCAGCUGCAGAGAGAGCUGGACGAGGAGGGUCAAGAUGAUGUGGCCUAUCUGAGGAGCCCCGGUCGAGACUUUAGGGGUCGGAGGAGGGAACAAAGCAACAUGGAACUGGAGAGUAACGACAGACAGACGGACCCCCUCAUGGCUGAGCGCUGGUCCUCAGCAACCAUGAGGAUCCUCUCCUCCAUGCCCAGUCGCACCAUUGGUCGGAGCAGGGGAGCCAUCAUCUCUCAGUACUACAACAGGACCAUGCAGCUUCGGAGGCGCCGGCAGAGCCGACCGGCCAUCCGGGACUUCUCCCGCUCCGCCAGGCCCAGCAUCCGCGGCUACGGCAUGGAGGCCGACUCCACAGACGCAGAGGAGACAGAGAUGAGUAAGAGGGAACGUUUGGUGAACAACCUGCAGAACCUGUCUGUGGGCGACAGGGUGAGGAUGCUCCGGGAGAUGCCUCUGAGUCUGGUUGAGAAGUGUGAGCUCAGGAGGUUAGCAUUACAAAAGGAAAAACACACACAUUCUACCAGCAAGCUUCCUUGUUGGAGUCGACUCAAAUAUUACAUCAUUAUAGCUGUGCGGCAGAGCUGGUACAGCUGGCUGUCCUUCCUCCACUCGCUCCAGCUGUGGCAGGUCGCUCUGAAGAGAGUCAGUGGGCGUUUUGGCACUGGAGUCCUCUCGUACUUCUUGUUCCUUAAGAAGCUGCUCUUCCUCAACGCUUUCCUGUUCCUGGUCACGGGCGCCUUCUUGACCCUUCCUCAGGCACUGCAUCCUCCGCCUCAGCCCGCAGAACGACGCUCAUUCUCCGGGCUGGAACUCGUCAGCGGGGCGGGCUAUUUCUCUGACACACUGAUGUAUUAUGGGUACUAUAGUAACUACACACUGAGUAAGAGCUGCCGGGACAGAGAUGUGGGACACAAUGUCUCCGUCUCUAAUUCAACCAGCCUGGACUGCAGCACCAGGCACCUCUCCUACAACAUGCCCCUGGCAUACUUCUUCACCAUUGGAAUGGCCUUCUUCAUCACCUGCAUCAUCCUAGUGUACAGCAUGUCCAAGUCGUUUGGUCAGAGCUUCAGGAUUGACAAGUCCCACAGUCUCUUGGCGGUAAAAGCCUUCUGCUCCUGGGACUUUAAGGUCAUCAAGAGAAGCUCGGUCAAACUAAUGUCUGAAAACAUCUCCACGCAGCUCAAGGAGCUGUUGGCAGAGGUGAACCACAAAAGUGCCACAAACACCAGCUGCCAGACGUUCUGGAGGAUGAUGGUUCACGCCGUUGCCUGGGCGAUCUGCAUCGCAGGCGUCUCUGGCUGUGUGAUCGGGAUCUACUACUUCUCUCAUCACAUGCACCAGAACCUGCAGCAGAGCUCCCGCAGCAGCAGCCGUUCGCCCUUACAGACGGAGGCCAGCCUCCUGGCUCUGCCCGUGCUGGUGUCCCUCCUCAACCAGCUGCUGCCCGCCCUGUUCAACCUGGCCGCCUGGAUGGAGGAAUACGAUUCUCCCUCCGUGCGCACAUACGUCGCCCUGGGCCGGAACUUGUUGCUGAAAGUGAGCGUGCUGGGGGUUCUUUGCUACCAUUGGCUGGGACGGGUGGCUACCGACCCCGACAGCAUUGGACUGAAGUGCUGGGAGAGUUUUGUUGGUCAGGAGCUUUAUCGCUUCCUCCUCAUGGACUUCAUCUUCACCCUGCUGGACACCUUGUUUGGAGAGUUACUAUGGAGAUUGUUCUCUGAAAAAGUCUUAAAGAGAAACAGGAAACCGGAGUUCGAUAUUCCCAGGAACGUGCUGGACCUGAUCUAUGGUCAGACGUUAGCCUGGCUGGGCGUUCUUUUCACGCCUCUCUUACCGGCCAUGCAAAUCCUGAAACUAUUCCUGUUCUUCUACAUCAAGAUGAGCAGCGUGAUGAGGAACUGUCAGUCUCCCCGGAAACCCUACCGGGUCAGCCAGAUGACCACCAUCUUCAUCACUCUGCUCUGCUUCCCCUCCUUCCUCGGCGCCUCCGUCUGUGUCACAUACACCAUGUGGAGCAUCACUCCGUCGUCUUCUUGCGGCCCGUUCCGCAACCUUCAAACCAUGUUCCAGGCGGGAAAGCACUGGGUGGCAGAGCUGGAGAAGGAUAAUCCGAACCUGUCCCUGCUGGCCAGGGCUCACACCUACCUGGUGGAACACCCACUCUUCCUGUUUCUGGGAGCGGCCAUUUUUCUGAUAGUCAUCUACUUCCACAGCCAGGUGGUGGACGGUCAGAGAAAGAUCAUCAGCUUACUGCAGGAGCAGAUAGAAAACGAAGGGGAGGAUAAGAAGUUCCUGAUCACUCGGCUUCAGUCCAUCCAUGAGCAGAAGCGGACUCCUGUGAGGAGACUCGUGAGUCAGGACUCUGCCUGUUAG